CCCCGCAGACAAUUCCAAAACAAUUCCCAGGCGACGCAGACGCGAGAAAGAGGCAUCGGCGCGCAAGGUACGGCAAAGCACUGCCCCGUUCCUACUCGGCAGCAGGCAAGUACUGCCGCCAAAAUGUUCGGCGCGUUCCGGGUCUCUACGCCGGCGCUCGGCGGUCUAUUAUGGAAGAACCCGUGGCGCCUGUCUGCGACACGCAAGUCGCGAGCCCGCGAGCGCCUGCGCAACGUUGACGAGCUCAUUGCCACCGUCGCCGCCACGUCCACGUCAUCAACAGCGUCGCCGCACAGCACGAUCCUGCAGCGUGCGCUGGCGCUGCCGACCGAGCGCCAGAUGUCUGCGCGCGACAAGUACACAACGUUCAGCAUGCGGAGCAAGGGUUACCGCAAGAGUGUGCACAAGGUCCCCAAGUGGACGCGAUUAACUCUUCGGGAGAACCCGCGCGGGUUCUGAGAUUGCACCGGUCCCUUCGACACUGCGCGACCGUCCUUCCCCCCUUCCGUCUGGGAUCCAUCUACUGUCCAGCAAGGACUGUGAGACUGUCUGAACAGCACCAGUCUGUCCUCUGUAUUUCUAGCAGCACUGCGCACACGUUUGCAAGACAUGGGCGUCUCCUUGAUGCCGAGCGAAACGAUUCUCUCUAUAUGGC